AUGACAUCUAUUUAUGUUAUUGAUAUCUUAGGCAAUAUCAUCAAUAUUGUAGUUUUCUCUCGUCGAGUAUUACAUUCCAACAUUUGUUUACGUUAUUUUAUUGAAACGCCAAUUGUCCAAAUUCUUCUCUUCAAUACUGUCGGCUUAACACGAGCGUUGAUCUUGCUGGACAUGAAACAAUUGCAAAUACAUGCUUGUAUAGCGCCGAUUGAUUCUGCUUACGCACAAUUUUAUGUUAUUCAAACCACUGUUUCAUCCAUUAUGCCAUUUAUCAUCAUUAGUGUAUUUACUAGUUUAACUAUUCACAACAUUCGUAAUUAUCGACGUAUACAAAUAACUACGCUGAAUAGUGUCGUAUCAACAACAGUGAGUAGUCGAGCUCUUCCGUUGAACACCAAUCAUCGUCGACCUGGAUUCCAGCUGAUGAAAAUCUCAUUUCUUCAAAUGAUUUUCUAUGUUAUUUUGGCAAUGAUAUCAACAAUCCUUUCUCUUUAUUCGUAUUUGACAAGUACAUUAUCGAAAUCAACAGAUCAACUAGCGAUUGAUACAUUCAUUAUUUCCGCAUCGAAAACGUUUCUCGAAUGUGUCAAAUGGAUAGGGCAUGUCGUUCCGUGA